CUGAACGGAUAGUGUUCCUGCUCAUGAAGCCGGGAUUAACGUCGAUAUAAACUUGUUACCCAAGUCAUCCACACGCGAUCAAAAUAAAGGAUUGACGCCUACGUCCCCACUGCAGCAUCCCAUAGUCAAUAGCAAAGAUAGAUUUAAGAUGAAUAGAACAAAUUUGAAAAAUUCAUAAAGUGUUCCUCGGGGAGUUAGAACGAAUAAAAAUGCGAAAAUUACGACAUCUGUGAUAAUCACCGCGGUAAAGUGAAACACCCUUCGGGGGAGUAUAUUUUAAGUCGACAAGUGAGUUAAGUGAAAAGUUAAUCAAUCCAUGAAUGGUAUACGACGCAACAAGCGAAUAUAACAAUGUAUGUUAAUAUAGUGAUUGGCUUGUUGGGGCUACUCGUGGCCUCAACGGCGACCCCCGAGAAGCAACAGUGUAACAGGAUGCUAGAUCGGUGUACCCUUGAACAUCCCGGCUUGGAAAGUAAACAAUCGUUAAAGAACGAUCCAACCAAUGUGACCGAGAUCAAGUGGAAUUCGGUGAUAAUGGGAAGUAAUAAAACUGUGCCAAGUGGGAAUUUAAGUGAUGUUGAUGAUUUUAUGAUGAAAGGAAUGCAGAACAAAUUUCAAGCGCAGCUUCCGGGGGUAAUAUUCAUGGAAAAUGAGGAUACCUUAAAAGUUAGCACCGGCGAAGCAGAUUUCGUUGCCAAACUGAGUCAAAAGUUUUUCGCGAUACAUGCACCGUUCGACCCGGCCUACAGUGAACAGGUGUCAACAGAAUGCAAGCGAGCAGCCAAACGAUACCUAACCUCCCUUCGAGCGAUGGACAUGUGGGCCCUACGGAUGCACGACUCCAGUGCAAAACUGCACUCCGGUAUUCUGAAUGGAAACAUCAACCAGUUCGGAGAUUACGAUCAGUGUCUGAGUAUUCGCGGCGGCGAGAAAAACAAUGCCGCAGACCAGCACCAUCUCCAGGGACGCUACUGCCUGGCCGGCAUACAACCGAGUGUCAUCUCCAAUACUGUUUUCCUGCAGCACAUUCUCAGCUUAGUUCAAUCACGGGGAAUUCUCACAAGCCAGCUCGAUGAUCCAGGGCACCGAGUACCACGCUUCUCCACGGUCAACUGGGCCCUAUGUGUGCCUUCCACCUGUUCCUAUCAAGAUGUCCAACUGUCGCUGGCUGAAUUAUUGCACGAUCAAACCCAAGGCACUGGCCUCCGCUUGGAGGUGAACGUUGAACCGGAAUCAUGCCAGGUUAAAAAUGGCGUGUGGAAUCGUUAUUACACUGACACCACCAUGCUAGUGUGGAUCGGGCUUCUCCUCUACUUUGGAAUGGUACUCCUCUCGACGCUGUACGAGUACAAAUCGGAGAGUAAAAAUGACUGGUUGGCAUCUUUCUCCCUGAUUCGCAACACUCGAGCGAUAUUCUGCGUCAAGGAGGAUCCAAAUGACGUGGCUUGCGUUCAUGGGAUUCGUUUCUUCAAUGCAAUGCUCCUCGUCAUAGCUCACAAAUCGAUGGCACUCUUUUUUAAUCCUUACACCAACCGAACGAGCAUGAGUGAGGCCCUAGGUCAACCAUGGACUGUCGUCGGACGUGCUGCGUCGCUCUUCACCGAUCCGUUCAUCAUGUUCAGCGGGUUCCUGACGACGUACUCAUUAGUCGGUCGUCUGAUGCGUGGCCAACGUGUGAAAUUGUAUCAGGAUUACAUUGGACGAUUCCUUCGAAUAGCUCCACCUCUGGCAGCACUAAUUCUGAUUUGUACAUUUGUGCUGCCGUUUCUCAGCAGUGGGCCACAGUGGAACCUGGUCGUUACGAAUCAUGGAGACAUCUGCAAGAAGUACUGGUGGCGCAAUUUGCUGUUCAUUCACAACUACUUUGGAUUCAAGAACAUGUGUCUGACGCAUACACACCAUAUCGGAAUCGAUACGGAGCUCUUUGUGGUUUCGCCGCUGUUUAUUUGGUUGAUUUGGAAAUGGCCCAAGAAGGGCACUAUCACACUGGUCGUCAUUGCUUUGGUGACAACGAUUCACAGGUUCUACAUUACGUACAAACUGCGAUUAGCGAACUACGUGUACUUCGGCACAUCUGUUAAACAGCUAUUCGACACGGCAGACAAUAUGUAUAUUCUGCCUUACUAUCGCCUCACCGUGUAUUUGAUGGGCGUAAUGCUUGGCUAUGCAUGCCGAGUCUUCAAAAAUCUCCAACUAACGCCGAACCAACUGCGGUUAGGUUGGUAUGCUUGCAGUUUCCUACUGACGUUGGCGUUCUUUGGUCCAGCACCGAUGGGUUCCGUGAAUUACGAGUACAGCCCUUUCCACGCGGCCAACUAUGCCGCAUUUUCGCCCAUCGCAUGGUGUUUGUUCUUUGCCUGGGCAGUUUUCACCUCCCAUCUAGGGUAUAGAAACAAACUGGUCGACUUACUUUCCUGGAGGGGAUUCCGGGUGACAACGAAAAUGUCCUACGCCAUCUACCUGACGCAGUUUCCAAUCUUCUUCUUUCAAGUGGGAAGAGUGCGAAGUUCGCUCUAUUAUAACUUUUUCUCCACCGUUUUGUUUGAUUUCAACGAGUACGGUGUUAUUUUCCUGGCAUCCUUCCUGCUGACGGUUCUGUUCGAGACACCGUUCAGCAACAUCAAAAGGCUACUGUUCGACAGAAAUCGGAAAAAGACGCACGUACCGACGCUUCACGACAAGCAAGGUCAGCUGGACAUCAACGUGAAUAGCAGCAAAUCGAUCAUCUAUUCUUCCGAUCCGGUUGCCAAGGAACUGAAGGAUAGAUGAAAAUCAUACAAACCAUCUUCUCAUCCACCAACCCACACGAGUAUUAUCCUAGUAGCAGAGGGCACAUGUGAAAUUAACUUUUAAGUAUUAAAAGGUACGGAAGUAAAAGACUUGAAACAAUAA